CGCUAUCUUGUCAAGCUCAUCAAGCAAGAAGAUAACCCUCUCUGAGCAAUAUACUUAAGACAGUCAGUUUAUCAAGAGAGGAUCGAAUGGGCUGUUGCAAUGGUUAGACUAUCAAUUUACUUUCCCAAAUCCCUCAACUCGGAGUGGCUAUGAAGGCGGGGGCCUCGUCCAUGUGGGCUUCGUGCUGUGGUCUGCUGAAUGAAGUCAUGGGCACAGGGGCGGUACGAGGCCAGCAGCCCGGGUUCGGAGCGGGAGCGGGACCCUUUCGAUUUGCCCCCAGCGCGGGCUACUCCACAUACCCACCCACAACCUCAGGGAGCCCCAGCCUGGUGUGCAAGGCCUGUGGACAGGCCUUCUCUGUGUUCCGAAGAAAGCAUGUUUGCUGCGAAUGCAAGAAGAGCUUCUGCUCGCUGUGCUCCGUGCUCCAGGACAACCAGCGCACCUGUGCCACCUGUCACCUGCUGAAGGGCACGGCCUUCCAGCGCCCGCUGCUCAUGCGCCUGCGUGUCAAAGACCUGCGCCAGUACCUGGUGCUGCGCAACGUCCCCACCGACACCUGCAGGGAGAAGCAGGACCUGGUGGACCUGGUGCUGUGUCACCAGGGGGCCGGGGGGGCGGAGGAGGAGGAGGACGACCUCGACAGGGCCAGCCUCAGCUCCCGCGUCCUCUACACCCCGCCCCCGUCGGCGGCGCACUCGGCGUCCGAGCUGACCGCCCUCGCCGUGUCUCAGGGGGAGGCGCUCAGCCCGAGUGACAGCACAGGGACCAAUCAGGAUCUAGGCGAUGUUACGUCUUUCUCCCUCUUGAACUUGGAACCCAGUGAACACACUCCAGAGGUGAGCCCUCAGACACGGAGGCAGGCCCGGGCCUCCCUCUCCGACAUCUCCAGCCACAGGGACAUCGAGGGUCUGUCUGUCCGGCAGCUGAAGGAGAUCCUGGCCAGGAACUUUGUCAACUUCUCAGGGUGCUGUGAGAAGUGGGAGCUUGUGGAGCGCGUGGGCAGGCUGUACAGGGAGGCCGAGGACAACAGGAAGCCAGUGGAAAACGUGAGCACAGCUGUCAGUGCAGACGGCGAGCGAUCUCAGCUGACCAGCCACGACGACAGCCUGUGCAGGAUCUGCAUGGACGCCGUCAUCGACUGCGUGCUCCUGGAGUGCGGUCACAUGGUCACCUGCACCAAGUGUGGCAAGAGGAUGAGCGAGUGCCCCAUCUGCAGGCAGUACGUGGUGAGGGCCGUGCACGUCUUCAAGUCUUAACCCGUCCCCUCCCCCCCGCACUCACCCCUCACCACAGCCCCCCCCCCUCCAUCACCACUUCCUUAAGACACGCCCACCUCCUCCAGCGGACGUUUGGGACCGUCCAUGUCCGAGACCAACCAUGCAGCUCACAAACCUACCAGACUCUAAUCAGUGGAUUUGCUCCGUUUGUCAUUUUCUGAAAAUGAAAACGACAAACGCAGUGUUCAAUCGUCUUUGAUUUAAGAGUUUGACGAAGCACCGCUUGACCAAUGAAAUCCACCCUCACGUGAACUCAUUCCGUAACCUAACACGUGUACUGGUCCCAAGAUGUCGAUGUUGUUAUGCUUUUCUUACUAAUGUUGACUUGAAUAUGAAUGUGAGGUAUUCAAACACGUGCAAUCUUGUCUAACAUGACGUGUCACUCAUGGAUCUACCUAUGGACGGAGAACAUGCUCAGAACACAAAAAAAAUUACUGACACUUGCUGUAAACGGCUGCAUAUCUUAGUAAGAUAAAUAUGAUGAAUAUACUGUGUUUAACUGUAUUGAGAUCCGCAGGGUGAGGGAUGUAGGUGCCAAAUAAGAAGUGGGAUGUCCUCUUCAUUUCUCACCCUUGUUCUCUCCGUGUGUGUAUGUUUGAUAAUUAGCAUGUCAUACGAGUAUCUGUACCAUAUUUUCUGAUUUUACACAUUUUGUGCACCACUGUUCACAUCAAAUUGCAUCCAUGAAUCAGGACUGGGAGCUUACUUCUCUUGAAUGAAUAUUAGCAGACCAUAUCAAUCUGUAAUGGUAUAAACGUUAUACUGGUUGCUUGUUACCGUGUGUUAUGUCUUCUGAUAAUAGCAAUAUCGCUAUGGAUUAUCUGUGACAAAAACAGAACCGGUGCUAACUUAAAUUCAACUAUACUCCGUGUUUUCUUUUGUCUUUACACCUACUUUGUUGUGUAUGUGUUGUUAUGAAUGUCUUUGUUUUCUAGGAAGUCAAGGGAAUACCUUAUUAUGCAUUUUAUGUCUGCUGAUGCUUUCUUAUUAUGUUUUGGGAUCAUCAAUAUUCUGCAGUUGUAACUUUUUUAACAACUAACUGUUCAAAGACGUAGCUGUAAGGUUACAGACACUUGUAGCAUGUAAACAAUACAGAAGGAAAAGUGACUUAUAUAGUUGCAAAUAUUGUUUCAUAUCACUGAGAUGUACAUAUCUAUAUUUUUUCCAUUUAAUUUAAAUGUGUAAUGACAUGUUAAAGAUGACCAUCAGAUUAGGUUAGUUUAUUAUUAAAUGAAAGAGUUAUGUUUCACUGUCAGAUGGUUUGACUUUCAUUCAUGGAUUUGCCUAAGCUUAGAAGCAGAGCAUGAGGACAACUGUCAAGGCACGGGACUGAAUACUUAAUUUUCCCUUCUGCUCUUAAAAAAUAUCAAGCACUGUACUGUAUCACGUCUACAUUGCUGCUAUCACAGAUACGAUGUCACAUGCAAACCACAACAGCAGUUGAGCAGGUUGCACUUUCCUUGGGAAUGGUGUGUAGAACUAUAUUGUGUGCAAGGUCUGGUCUUUGUAUUUCGGAAUGGUAAACUUUUUAUUUUGGUAAUUAAAUAUUUAAAUUGGAAAUACA